AUGUCUCCUCUACCCAAGGACUAUCAAUUCACACACCCAGAGCUGAGCUAUGAAGCCAAACCAAACUUUCAAACAGCGAUUAAGGUCUCGGUGUUUUUCCGCAAGCUCGAGGGAAUAUCAUACGACGACUUUUUCGCACACUGGCAGACAGUUCAUGCAGAUCUAACUGUUGCGACUCAAGCCUUCCAGGAUCACAUUCUUCGAUAUGUUCAGCAUCACCAAACCCCCGAGAUGAAAGCUCGACUUGCAAGUAUCGGGGGCAAUAUGCUCGAUUUUGACGCAUGCGCGCACCUAUGGGUGAAAGACUGGGAUAGCUGGCUGGUCUUUUAUAACAGCCCUGAAUAUGCCGCCGCACUUCUUGAGGAUUGUGAUCGGUUUAUACAGAUGCCAAUUAGCUACAUGGUUGGAUCGGAGAACUUGAUUGUUGGCAAGGCUUUUGAGCCGCUUGGCAACACGGAUGGACUGUCUACGAAUGCUAGUGGAUGA